UGUAACGGCACACUACUCCACCGGUAUUCCACUGGAAUAUAUGCUUGCCAGCGCCACGACCAACCCAUACCCCUGUCUCUCUGCUAUUUUACAUCUGUAGAAACUUCUACAUAUCGAGAGUUGUGCAGUUCUGCGUCGGAGAGACGUCAAGAGAGCACCAAGGCCAGGUUUUAUAUGCUUUGGAAGUGAAUCUUAUUUGCGAAUGAUUUCCUCCUUGGUUUCGUAUUACAGAGGGAGUGAGUGGAGCAGCGCGAGUAUCGCUAUGUAAACCAACUGCAUCAUGACAUGUUUUACCGAUGUUUCGCAAAGAAAUCUAAAGGAAAAACGCGAACGAAUAGCCUUCAGCUGACAUUUGUUAGUAUGUGGAAUAAUUUGUAACUAACUGAAUGGUCCGAAAACAAAGCCGAGAUAGCGGAAAGGAUACGGUAUCUGUCGUUAGUUUACGCGGAGGGAACUGACCGGGAGAGUAGGCUCUUGCAUUAUUAUCCCCACAGCUGCUGAACAGAGGAGCAUAAGUGAACGAAUACUACGGCUGCCAGAGGCUGUUCACACACUGUCUAUCUCCACUGUCACUCAACAUCAACCAGCGAAUCAACGGCCUCGCUGAGACUCUAUCGGAGCCAUGGGUGGGGCUAAGGUCCUGAUGUUGCUUCUUCUGAUUGGUUGGGAGAAGUCGUUGAGUCUCAACUGGAACCCAAUACCACGCAAGACCGUCAGAUAUCAUGAGGUACUGGACAGCAUGGCCAGGUUCCGGGCUCUAGGUGUGUGGAACUACACCAUGGUGACUCUAGCAGAACACGAGAGGGUUCUGUAUGUAGGAGCUAGAGAGGCCCUGUUCGCCCUGGACCCUAACGACAUCAGCAGACAGCUACGACCUCUGAUUGAGUGGCCAGCACCACAGGAGAAGAAGAGAGAGUGUUCUGCCAAGGGCAAGAACAACCAGACAGAGUGCUUCAACUACAUCCGCUUCCUGCAGAGCUACAACCACACCCACCUCUACACCUGUGGAACCUUCGCCUUCCAGCCCAAGUGCACCUACAUCAAUGCUGACCACUUCAGUCUCAACCCUGGCUCCUUGGAGGAUGGGAAGGGCAAGUGUCCCUACGACCCUGCCAAAGGCCACACAGGCCUCAUAGUGGACAAGGAGCUGUACUCUGCCACACUGAAUAACUUCCUGGGUACUGAGCCUGUGAUCCUGAGGAACCUGGGACAGCAACACUACAGCAUGAAGAGUGAAUACCUGCCGGCCUGGCUCAACGAGCCUGACUUUGUGGGCUCAGCCCUGGUGAGGGAGAGCAGUGGCAGUAAGGAAGGUGACGAUGACAAGAUCUACUUCUUCUUUAGUGAGAGAGCUGUAGAGCUGGACUGUGACACAGAGCUCACUGUGGCCAGGGUGGCCCGUGUCUGCAAGGGUGAUCUGGGGGGCACCAGGACCCUGCAGAAGAAGUGGACCACCUUCCAGAAGGCCAGGCUGGUGUGUUCUCUCCCUGAACGCCACGUCACCUUCAACAACCUGCGGGAAGUCUUCACCCUGCCAGGCAUCGACUGGCGCACCACCACCUUCUAUGGCAUCUUCCACGCCCAGUGGGGUGAUGUGGAUGUGUCAGCGGUGUGUCAGUACCAGAUAGGGGAGGUGAAGAAGGUGUUUGACGGCCCGUAUAAGGAGUACAGAGAGGGCUCCCAGAGAUGGGGUCGAUACACUGGCACUGUCCCCAGCCCACGGCCCGGAGCGUGCAUUACAAGCUGGCAUAGGGAGAACGGCUACAACAGCUCUCUUCAGUUGCCAGACGCCACUCUCAACUUUGCCAAGAAGCACCCUCUGAUGGAGGAGAAGGCUCAGGCUCGCCCCCUACUGCUCACCAAGGGCAUCAACUUCACCCGCUUGGCAGUGGAUCGGGUCAGCUCCCUGGACCAGCGUGCAUACAACAUGCUGUUCAUUGGCACAGCAGACGGCUGGUUACAGAGGGUAGUGAUCUUUGGCUUGGAGGCCCAUGUGAUUGAAGAGAUACAGCUGUUUGAUUCUCCCCAGCCAGUGGACAGCCUAACCAUCUCUCACACCAAGAAGUACUUGUACAUUGGCUCACGUUCAGAAGUGCUCCAGCUGCCCUUGGCUAACUGCAGCCGUUAUCAGUCGCAGCCAGACUGCCUUCUGUCCCGGGACCCCUACUGCGCCUGGGACAGCGAGGGCCGCGCCUGUGUCCGCAUCGACCUCCACCGCGGGUCUACCUCCUCCCUAUCCCAAGAUCUGAUGCUGGAGAGAUUCAGUAGGGGCAAAGCCAAAUUUGACAAGCCUGUGGCCAUCCCCAGCCCUGACAACUCUCGGCUGAGGAAUGUGACAGUAGUGGUAGAAUCAGACAUGGUUUUGCCCUGCCAGCUGGUGUCCAACCUGGCCCAGCCCUCCUGGGUCCUCAACGACCGCGAGCUGCAGCUAGGAGACAAGGAGGCCGGAGGGCCACGCUUUGACCAGGCCCUGAAGGCUCUGGUGGUCCCCAACGCCAUGCCAGUGCACGCGGGACGCUACGUGUGCUACUCCGAGGAGCAGGGGGUCAAGUUUCAGAUGGAGCGUUACCAGGUGUCGGUGGUGGCCAGCUCCCCUGUGGUCAUGGCGGCCCGGGCCCCUGACGGCAGCAUGGGUCUGUUCUGGGUGUUGGUGAUCACCCUGGGGGCCGCCUGUUUAUUACUAUUGGUGGCAGCUCUGUAUCUGAGGAGACGUCUGAAGCUGGCUCUAGGUAAAGGGGCGGACAUGAAGCCUCUGGAGAGCACCCUGGUCUACCCCAUCACUCUGCCCAAGGAGCCACCCACCUUCGUGCCCAGCAAAAUGCCCAGCGACGAGGACCGCUUCUGGGAGACGGGCGCCAACUACUACUACUCAGACGGCUCGCUGAAGAUCGUUCCGGGCCACGCCCUCUGCCCCAGCAGCCAGUCUCACCACCACGCUCCAACAGCGUCUCCCAGCACCAUCCCCGGCCAGCCCAUCCAUUCCCCCAGCCGGCUCAGCCUUACCAACAUCAGGGGUUCCGGCAGCAACGGCUACAUCCGCCUCAACCUGAGCUCGGCCGGGGAGGAGAGGGUUAGCGGGGGUGGUUCUGGUGGAGGAGGGCUGGGCGGGGGCGGGAACGACUACUCCAGCCCCUUCAAGGAGGAGCUGCGUCGGACCCUGCAGCAGAGGAGCGUGCUACCUGACGCCAACCCUGAAGAGUCGUCUGUGUAGUCUUUCUCCACGCUGCCGUAAUGAAAAACAAAACAAGAGACAACGAACGGCAACUAACCUACCUCCCUCCUCUCUCUCUCUUUCUCGGCUCCACUGUCACCAUGCUCUUUCUCUCUCUCCUUCUGCCAAGGCUCGUUUGGCUGACUCUGUGACGGGCAGAAGACGCUUUUAGCACAGAGCAUGUGAUGUGACACACACGCCGAAUAUUCAUCAGCAUCCGCUCCUGUUAUUAUUGUGUUCCAUCCACUCCUGUUAUUAUUGUGUUCCAUCCGCUCCUGUUAUUAUUGUGUUCCAUCCACUCCUGUUAUUAUUGUGUUUCAUCCGCUCCUGUAAUCAUUGUGUUCCAUCCGCUCCUGUUAUUAUUGUGUUCCGUCCGCUCCUGUUAUUAUUGUGUUCCAUCCGCUCCUGUUAUUAUUGUGUUCCAUCCGCUCCUGUUAUUAUUGUGUUCCAUCCGCUCCUGUAAUCAUUGUGUUCCAUCCGCUCCUGUUAUUAUUGUGUUCCAUCCGCUCCUGUUAUCAUUGUGUUCCAUCCGCUCCUGUUAUUAUUGUGUUCCAUCCACUCCUGUUAUCAUUGUGUUCCAUCCACUCCUGUUAUCAUUGUGUUCCAUCCACUCCUGUUAUUAUUGUGUUCCAUCCGCUCCUGUUAUUAUUGUUCCAUCCGCUCCUGUUAUUAUUGUUCCAUCCACUCCUGUUAUUAUUGUGUUCCGUCCGCUCCUGUUAUUAUUGUGCUCCAUCCGCUCCUGUUAUUAUUGUGUUCCAUCCGCUCCUGUUAUUAUUGUGUUCCAUCCGCUCCUGUUAUUAUUGUGUUCCAUCCGCUCCUGUAAUCAUUGUGUUCCAUCCGCUCCUGUUAUUAUUGCGUUCCAUCCGUUCCUGUUAUUAUUGCGUUCCAUCCGCUCCUAUUAUUAUUGUGUUCCAUCCGUUCCUGUUAUUAUUGUGUUCCAUACGCCAAACUGGCUGUCACAUUUUAACUUCUUCAGCAGUUUAACUUGCUUUCGCUGUGCAAAUCUCAAGCUGUGUAAAUUCUGUAUUUAAAGACAAUUGAACGCAGAGGGCCUACACCUCAAGCAUGGCAGUCAAACAAAGGUUUCCUGAGAGCACUGCUUCAUGAUAGGAGAGGACCAAGAACUCAUGACAAGAUUGUAGCUUCAGCGCUAUACCAAUCAUCCAACAAUCAAGCAGUACGAGUCGACUGACUGAAAGAUGGAGGAGCUGGCUUGCCUUUUUUCUGUUCUGUUGGAGAAUUUUUCGCUUUCUACACUUAACAUGGGAGUAUGGGAGUCGAUUUUGUAUUUGUGAGCAAAGAGAGUGAGAGAGUCACAUAAAAGACAAAUUAAUCUCAAAAGCAAGACGACAAUCACGUUCCUCUCUCCGGGGGUAAAACCUGGGAAGGAAUGGGAGGAAUGAAGAGAGAGAAAAUGAAGGGAGCUUUGCGUGAAAGACACAGAGGGUUUACAUGAAAGACAAACUCUCAAUUAGACUUUUUCUCGGCUCGAUUUGUACUUUUUUUUUACCUUGUCAGUCUUUCCUCUGAGAAAGUCUUCAAUCCCUGCCACAUUGAUAUAUUGUGACAAUUUAAAUUAAGACAUUUUUAUGUGUUGUUUUUCUAUGUCUUACGGACUACAGAAGCAGCAAAUGGAGAUCAAUGGCUUUAAAGCACCCCUCUGUGAAUGAGAAUGUGAGAGAAGCAUGUACAAACCUCUCCUAUCCCUGCUCAAGGUAGAUAUCUCCCCAAAUAACCUCCACACUAGUAAAUCGAUUUUAGUACUACUUUUACAAUAACUGCACUACACAUUUACACAAGUGGUUCAUGGGAAUUUCGGUUAAACCCAUUCAGAUACACUUCCUUGUGAUGUGAUUAUGGACAUUUUUGUUUGACAUAAUCCCACAACAGAACCUACAACAGCACAUUGACUUAUUAUUCUGAAUUUGAGAUGAGACGAAGGCAUUGCUUUCAGUCAUGUAGUGGGGAUGGCACGGGGGAAUGUAGGUCAACUCUCACAAAACUGUUGCGACUGCAGUGGAUGUCUCAACAAGUGCUUUAUAAUAUGUAUGUGUCAGGGUGGGGGUGGUGGAUGGGUUGAACUGCCAAAAGAAGCCCUCCCUCCCCUGCACUGCCCUGAAUGCCUAACCUGGUGGAUGUAGUAGUGUGUCCUGGAGGGGACGGGCCACAGCACUGUACCUGUCCUAGACACACCCUUUAUUAACCCCUUAUUUCCCUAAACCCCACCCACCUACCGAUGUCCAGAGAAUGACCUGGCGCUACUGUGGAAAGCCUGAAUUCAGAGAGAAGGAUGGACACUGAACUGUAAACCCACACUGCCUGUGCUGUUAGAGGGACAAGCAGACAACAGAUGGAAGAUAGAUGAAUGGCCUGUGACAAACCAACGGCUCCAGAGAGCGAUCAGAGGCUCAUCAAUCAGAGGGGUGGCUUUGUGACACAUCUGCAGGGACCAGAGAACAACACAACACAAAGGAGGAACAAGAGGAGUACGAUGUUUCUUUCUUUCUCACCAAAAUGUAUACUAGAGACAGCUGAAGGGGAUGUAGAAUAUUGUAAUGAUCCCUGGGUUGAAGAGGUACUUACUUGGCCAUCAGUGGUUAGUUCAUCCUAGUGUUGCAUGAUCCUCUCUGCAAAUGUACUGUACACAUCUCUGAUGACAUGAUCAUAAUUGUAAAAGAAGUGUAUCAUGUUUCAAACUUUUGCAGACACUAAUGUUUUCUACUAAAAAAAGGUUUAAUUUAUGAUUAAGAGUUGUUAAGGACGUGUUCAUGAAUCUGUGCAUCUUCUUAACAUGUUUACUUUCGCUGUGCCUCUUCACCUUCGGAUAAGCCAAAGUAGACUGCAGUUGUUUUUUUGAAAAGGUGUAUUAUUAGAUAUUAUUUUAUUAUUCCACUUCGAUAUUUAAGUUUCAACAGUCUGUCCAACUUCAGUUCAAAGAACUCUCAUGCCUGGAACUUUCCUGCAUAUUUUAUUUAGAGAUUAAUUUUCUUCAGAAGGCAACAAGCUUGUGGAUGGUCAACAUCCUGUUUAGAUGUCAGUAGUAAUCUACUGAAGCCGAUCCCUGACUUCCUAGCACAUGAGAAAGUAAACAACUCAUCAGAGCGUCAUGGGACCAACCAAGCAAAGCAACUUCCUUUUAACCAAAUGAUAACUCGUGAUUUCAUGAUCUGAGGUUUGAUAUAAAAUCUUCAAUAUUUAUACAUUCAUUUAAUAUGUGUAGAUUGAAUAUGUUACCAAGCACUGGUUCAGACACUUUACAAUCUAUUAACAUUGCUGUGAAUUCAAGCUACAGGAGCUAUUAAGAUUGGUAUAGAUAUUUAACUGAUUUGUCUUAUAAUUAUAUAUUUAAAAAAAUCCUUGGACAUUAUGUCUGAUAUGUCAUAAAACUCUCUUAGAAGAAAAUGAUCCAUCAAACUCACAAAAGUGAUGUAAGGCACAAUCCCCCCAAAAAUCUGCAUGUGCAAUUCUGGAUCGAUAUAGCAAAAAGGCAGUAACUGCUCAUAGCGUGGAUCUGAGAAAAAAGGCUUUUAUUUACCUUGGUUUAACAGUAACUUUAUGCAGUUACUACUAACAUGACCCCCAUGUUCUCCAAAACGCAAUACAAUAGAGGCAGGAUACUUGUCCACAUGAUUAAUUAAGCAUGUAUUUAAUGUAGCAGAAAUGACAUGAACUCAUUUUGGACCACAUGAGAAGUUACUGUCUUUUUGGAGAUUACACUCUGCCGGUCAUAAACAACGCUUUCCACAAUCUUCUCAUCUAAGCCUUUUUAUUCUGUUGUUUUUCAUUAAUAUUAUUAUAUUACCAUUAUUAUUAUUAUUCAUUUCCUUUUUGGCUUUAAGUUGCAAAAGUUCCUCUAGCAAACAACAAACAGUUCUCAAUCUUUUAAUGUUUAUGAAAGGAUGUUAAGUAAAUUAUUUCGCUUGUAAAAACAUGUCGAUAUUUAUUAUCAUUGUACAUAUGUCCUUAUUUUUUUUAUAUGUGUAUAUAUACAUGAAUAAAAGUAGAAAUCUA